GUUAUAAGGUAGGUUUUUUUGUGUAGUUUUUCCUUAAGUGUGCGUGCUAAUAAUUGUGUAAUUUUUUUGUUAAAUCAGUACGAUGGCCAGUGAGCAAAAGUAUGAACAACAUUUUGAUAAGAAAUGGGAGGAUAGUUUUUUUACACUUAUUGGCAAUCACACGGUGUGUAUUUUAUGCAAAUAUCAACCUGCUGUUGUGAAAAAAUUUGUCAUUGAGAGACAUUAUAAAAAAAAACAUUCAAGUGAAUAUUCAAAAUAUGAAGGUCAAGAAAAACGUAAUUUAAUAAAGGGUUUAAAAUUAAUUUAUCAGGAAAGUUCCAGUUUUAAUGAUAAUUCUAAUAAUGCUAAUUCUUCGGUAAAAGCUGUCACUGCAUCAUAUGCUAUUUCGCUUCUUAUUGCCCAGCAUUCUAAGCCGUUUAUGGAAGGUAAUUUUAUAAAGGAAUGUCUCAUCGAGGCAGUAAAAUCAUUCGGAAAUUCAUUGACGCUUGCUGAAGCUGCUAGCAUUCCUUUAACUAAAAAGACAGUGGCAGCAAGAAUUACUGAUAUUGCUUGUUCGAUAGAAGAAAAACUAAAAUUUUUGUUAGACAGUUGUGCUUAUUUUUCAUUAUGUUUAGAUGAAAGCACCGAUAUUGGACAUGUGAGUCAAUUGAGUAUUUUUGCUCGAAUUGUACAAAACGAUUUUUCACAUGUUGAGGAGCUCUUAGAUUUUGUUCCAUUACAUGACACAACAACAGGUCUAGAUAUUUUUAAAGCCGUUGAACAAAUUCUUCAAAAAUUUGACACCGAUUUUUCAAAAUGUUCAGCCAUAGUAACAGAUGGCGCAAGAGCGAUGACAGGUCAAAAAAUUGGUUUCUUCGGUCAACUAAAGCAGCGCAAUUUAAAAUUCCCCCUUAUUCAUUGUAUUAUUCAUCAAGAAGCAUUAUGUGGGAAAGCUAUAAAAUUAUCUACCGCCAUGAAAACUGUUACAAAAAUCAUUAAUUUAAUAAAAGGCGGCCACAAGUUUCUUUCUCAUCGCAAAUUUCAACACUUUCUCGAAGAGCAUAAUGCACUUUAUACAGAUGUACCCCUACAUUGUGAAGUCCGAUGGCUCAGUGCUGGGAAAUGUUUAGAGAAGUUUUUUGCGAUAAGAAAAGAGAUCUUCCUUUUCUUGCAAGAAAUGUCUAUUGCCAAAGAUGAUGACAUUAAAUAUAUUUUCGAAGACACUGAGUUUCUUUGUGAACUCGCUUUCAUCACCGAUGUAACUAAUCAUUUAAAUAUUUUAAAUACAAAGCUGCAAAAGACCAACCAGACAAUAUGUCAAUUAGUUAGUCAUAUUGACUCAUUUCGUAGAAAACUAGUUUUAUUUAAAAAUCACUUAGAAAAAGACACUCUUUAUUUCUACCCUUCUUGCCAGAUUCUCUUCGAAGAAUACGGCACAGUUUGCAAUUUUAAAAAAUAUAUUCAGUUAAUUGACUCAUUAAUAACUCAGUUCGACACGCGUUUUACUGACUUCGAAAGUCUUAGAAAGGACUUAGUUCUGUUCGAAAAUCCUCUCACUGCGGAAAUCGAACAACAAAAUGUAGAAUUUCAAGAGGAACUUUGCGAUUUGCAAAAUGAUCUUUCCCUCAAAACUCGUCCAGAAAAAGGAGCGGACUUUUUUAAGAUUUUAAACAAUUCAAAUUACCCUAAUCUUAAAAAUUUUGGUCUUCGAAUAUUUUCCAUGUUCGGAUCCACAUACUUAUGUGAAUGCUCGUUUUCAAAAAUGAAAAUCAUAAAAUCCGAUAAACGUUCUUCUUUAAGCGAUAAAUCAUUAACUUCAUUAAUGCGAGCUAGUUCUUCUAACAUUUCUAUAGAUAUCCCAUCUAUUGUAAAAUCAUGUAAACGGCCUAGAAAAUCGACCAAUUAG